CAGAGACUGUUUUAUACAGGUCCAGUAACAAUGGUAACUUGCAAAGCAAGACUCGUACUUUUGGGGUUCAUCCUUUAUGUACAAGUAUAUGGAUUAGAAAGGCAGAGCGAAGAGCCAUCAUGUUACUCAAGGUUUGAUUUUGAGUACAAGCUUCUCGCUAAAGUCGUCGCAUUGGAGACCACUGCUGCGAAACUCGAAGACGUGAUCAGUCACAUUGAGCAAAAGAUUGAUGACACGAACAAAAAGCUGGUCAACCAGAACAAACAAUUGGAAUACAUGCUGGGUUCCGCAACAUCUGUCGCAUUCCAAGCUUUUCUGAGCAAAAACGUCGCCUUUCCCCAGAUCAGUGUUGUCAUCUUCGACGUCGUUCCUGUUAACCUCGGCAACGCGUACAACCCAAUCACGGGAAUCUUCACAGCUCCUGUCAACGGCACAUACCUCUUUGCCAUGUCAAUCGGAAACCCGACUGGGAAACCGAGCACGAUUAGAAUGAAGAAGAACCAAGAAUACAUAGCUUACGCCUUUGCAGGUUGGACGAGUGGCUGGGAUCAAGGUAGCCAGACAACUGUAGUGCGCAUGUCCGUUGGUGACGUCAUGUUUGUGGAGGGGGAAAAUCACGUGUCGGGAAAUGCCCUUGAGUUCGGAAAACACUCAAGCAUGACUGGGACACUCAUAAACAAGUGUUAAGAUAACUAGGCAUACAUUUAAUUGAAUUGGACUUUAAAGCGAGUAUAUAAGAUGUCAUUGCAUUUUUAAACAACAUUUAAAAUGUUGAUGAUCAAAGGACUAGAUUAAACCCUAAAAUUGGUACUGCAUUUCAUGGAAAUAAUCAAUGUCUGAUUAGUGGUUUCAUUUUAAGAUAUAUAAUAUAUUUUAUUCUACAUUAUACAUGUAUAAUCAUUGAUUGGUGCAUGUUUGAGACAGAUGAAUUUGGACAUUAUACUCGUAUAAACUCGUUUUAUCCAAUGAUUUUUUAUAAAGUGAAAAUUGGAAUAAAGUCUUUCCAUGAUGCUAUGAUUGUUUUCAUAAUUUUAAUUACUGGUUUUUAAAAUAUAUAAGCUA